GCUUCGUUACCGUCUAACGUGUUAGUUAAGCGCCGACUCUCUCGUAAAAAGCAAAAAUGGUAUUCACAGAGCUUCGUAAAUAUUCGAGAGAAGUUAUUCGAGAGAAUUUUUUUGGCGCCAAAUGAGACGUCUCGUAAAGUGCCUUCUUCUCUCAUUUUACCGAGAAAUGGUAUUCAGCAAACUUCUUUAACGCGCUGAAGAGCUCGCUAGCAAACGAGAACAAUCUUCGCCUCGUUAACAGUUCGUAUUGCUCCCGGCAGUGAUUCAAGUUAAAAUAGUGUCGUUUAGACGUUAGCAUACUUUGUAAAAAUUGGCAUAGUAUCAAAAGGCCUUACUCGGGUAAGCGUGUAUGUAGUCUAGUGUCGGUAACUUAGCUGUGGGAUAUCUGCCGCAUUUACAGAGUAAACUAGGGUUGAGAUUCAGAGAUUGUUAAGUUCAUUGUUUUUUUUUUUUGUUUAUUCUAGCGUUAUUAUAAACACAGAUUCAAAAAUGGCUGCUUAUAUUGAAGCUUGCAGAAGAAAAGCCCCAACAAUCUCUCCAUAUCGUAUAAGAAAGAAAAAUCCGCUAGAUGCAGGUGAAAGGACCUUAAUAGAAGACUAUAGACUCAAUAAAAAAUUAAUAACAGAGUUGUGCCAACUAUUACAUCCAAAACUGGCACCCUUUACGAGGCGUUCACGUGCACUGUCGGUGGAGGAGCAGGUCCUAAUAAGCCUGAAGUUACUAGGCUCCGGAAGCUCCCAGUCUAGUGCAAAGGAUAUUAUUAACGUCUCCCAGCCAACUGCUAGUAGAGUUUUUUCUAGAUUUCUUAAUGCCCUAGGUGAGCUUGCAAAUGAUUUUAUACAUAUGCCAGAGGAUCCAUUUGAAACCAAAAUGAACUUCUAUAAUAUAAGCAAGUUUCCAAAUGUUAUUGGUGCUAUCGACGGGACCCAUGUGUCCAUUAUUGCUCCUGCUGCCAACGAACAUCUUUACAUUUGUCGAAAGAAUUUUCAUUCCUUGAAUGUACAGGCAAUCUGCGAUGAAAAUAUGAUCUUCACAGACAUUGUGGUCAAAUGGCCUGGCUAGAGUCAUGAUUCGUUCAUAUUACAACAAUCCAACAUAUAUGACAAAUUCGAAAGUGGCCAAUUUGGUAACAGCUUGCUGCUUGGGGACAGUGGACCCAUUAAAAAAAUGGUUGAUGACACCAAUAUCAAAUCCCAAUGGGACAGCCGCUGAAAGAUAUAAUAUUGCACACAAAAAGACAAGAGUGAUUAUCGAAAAAGCAUUUGGAGUGUUGAAGCAAAGGUGGCGUAUUCUUGAUCAUACCGGGGGCAAAUUGUGCUAUACACCAUUGAAAGUUGCGAAAAUUAUAGUAUGCUGUGUUAUUCUACACAAUAUGUGCAGGAGAAAUAAUGUUCCUCUGCCUUCCAAUGGGAGAAUUUACCCUGUACCAGACACAGAUGACACUGCAGCACAAGAUGAUUUCGAACCCACUGCAGAGUCCGUGCGUUCGGCCAUAGUUUCAAGUUUUAGUUACUUGCAGUAAGGGUGUUGUCAAAAACUUAAUACACAUGAAAUUGGUGACAAGCGUGACGUCACCACAGAUUACCUCAUACCCUUGCGACAUGUGUCAUGUACAUUUCAGAUCGAGUCGAUUUGAAUAUGGCCACUCUCAGCUUGGUUGGGGCUGUUUGUGUCACAAUAUCAAAUUUGAAUAUUCGGAACACUUCGUCAUUCAAUGAUUGUGACAUAAGCAGCCCCAACCAAGCCCUUAACUGAGCUGGGAGUGACCAUAUUAAUAUUGACACAUCUUUCUGAAAUGUUUGAUAGACUUGUCGCAAGGGGAUGGCGGAAUCAGUGAUGACGUCACGCUAUUCGCCAAUUUCCAGGUUGUAUCAAGUUUUUGACAACUCCCUGGCAGCGAGUCAUAAUCCCCCUAUACAUGUUGAAAAAGUAACGUGAAAUUAGGUCUUCAAAUUUCUUUAAGAAAAUAAAUGAGUCU